GUGUAAUAUCACCAGAUGACGUUUGUUUGCAGUCCCCCCUAUAUCAUCUCGUCCAGAUGUGUGCUGGGGUUUACAGACAACUCGCCUCCAGAGAAGACUGUCACGUCUUGGAUCUGUACAUCCAGCAACCACAAGAUGAACACAAAAUUGAUCCUCGCACUUGUCUUCGCUCUUCAGGUCUCCAUGAGCCUGAGUCAGGUUCCUGCACCAAGCCAGGAACUUGUCGACAAGUAUGAGAACAUGAAAGCUACUUUCUACAGGAGACUGGUCAAUGCUUAUGGCAAGCUGCAUGGUGCCGUUGGAGAGACUGACCACGCACAGACCACCAGGGAGUUCAUCGAGUCUCUGAGAGACAAACCUGAACUGCAAGCAAUUGCCAAAGUUGCAAGUGGUCUGGGCGCAGAAGCAACUCCAGUGGUGGACAGGGCUCGCGCAUCUCUGCUCGGUUUGUACGAACAAUACCUGCGUCCCCAUGUCGGAAACAGCUUGAGCGAAGCCAUCGACCAGAUCAAGGUCUACCUGGAUCAAUACAUGCCCGCUGAGUAAAACAAUAACAAUAAUAAUAAUUCAAAAAGAACCAGCUAAAGCGGAAGUGCGUGUCAGAUGCCUGUAAUAGAUGAUAGCUGAUAGAAUUCCACCGGUUUAGCCAGAGAGGAGCAAUACUCAAUGCAAACACGAUUCUUUUGCCUGUUUUUAAAUCAAUGUCUUUGCCAGAUCAUGCAGAGUUACAAGCAUGGCAAACAUGUCACCAUGUGCGCAAGUUCUGCAUGUAUAGUACUAUAUGUUUGAUACACUAACAGUGUCUGUGUGACUGUGUACGUAUGUGUGUGCGUGUUCAAUAAAACGUACUGAAAACUAUGAAA